AUGAAAGAAGUAUAUUAUCCUACUAAAGAGUUGAGUAUAGACGAAUCUAUGCUUCUUUGGCGUGGACGUCUAUAUUUCCGCCAAUACAUACAAAACAAAAAACACAAAUUCGGCAUAAAAUUUUAUGUGCUCACACAACCGGAUGGCUUUGUCCUAAAGACAAGAAUUUAUUCUGGAUCAAAUGAUCCAAUUGUGGGUGGUAAGGGCCAUGUCGAUAAAGUGGUAAAAUACUUACUCGACGACUAUUAUAGAGUGGGACAUUCGGUCUAUAUGGAUAACUUUUAUAACUCCAUUGAACUUACCGAAUAUUUAUUGGACAAAAAUACAUAUGUAACAGGAACACUUCGAGGAAAUAGAAAGGGCAACCCGUCAGAUGUGGUCAGUAAAAAGCUGAAAAAAGGAGAGUUGACAUCGGCAUACAACAGUAAGGGGAUCUGUGUUAUGAAAUGGCAUGAUAAAAGGGAUGUGCUAAUGAUAUCGUCAGAGUUUGGGGAUGCUAUGAAUGAAUACCGGGCAAGAAGUGGCAAAGUAUCAGAAAAGCCGGAAUCUGUACAAAAGUAUAAUGAGUUUAUGGGUAGUGUGGACCGUAGUGACCAACUCAUGAGCUACUAUCCUUGUGAAAGGAAAAUACUAAGGUGGUAUACUAAGAUCGCGUUACAUAUGUUUCAUAUAAUUAUGAAUAAUGCUUUUAUACUAUACAAGCAGCAGCCUGGAAAACGUAACUGCAGAUUGUUAGACUUCAGGGAUUCUCCAGUUAAUUCAAGAACUGCUACUAUAAGAGCAAAAAUAAAUAGAGAUAAUUAUAAAGAAUUCUUUAAUACUGAAGGAAGAGUUGAAUGGCAAGAUGCUAUGAUUAGAGCUGGAAGAACUUAG